AUGCACAUCUUCGUCACCGGAGCCGCAGGCUUCGUCGGAAAGGCAGCGGUUGCCAACCUUAUUGAGCACGGUCACACGGUCGUAGGCCUUGCCCGAUCUGACGCCAAUGUUGCCGUGCUCGAGAAGCUUGGCGCCUCUAUCCAGCGCGGAUCCCUUCAGGACAUGGACUCCUUACGCGCAGGCGCAGCGCAGUCCGACGGAGUCCUUCACCUCGGCUUCGUUCAUGACUUCAGCCGCUUCGAAGAGAUUUGCCGGAUCGAUCGUGAAGCUAUCUCUGCGAUGGCAGAAGGUCUCGAACAGUCCAAAGGUGGUGCCGCUGGCAAGCCAUUGAUCGUGAUCAGUGGUACCCUAGGCCUGCCAAACCCAGGUGAAGGCAAGAAAGCCGAUGAGGAUACCGACGACCGCCGAGACAUGGAGAAAGGCAUCCGCGGCAUGGUUGUUCGCUUCACGCCCAAUGUUCACGGCAAAGGUGACCAAGGCUUCGGCGUUAUGCUCAUCAAGGCUAUGAAAGAGAAGGGUACCAGUUACUAUGUCGAAGGCGUUACCCCCAUCUGGCCUGGCGGCCAUCGCGAUGACACCGCUGAACUUCUUCGCUUAAUGCUCGAGAAGGGUCAAGCUGGUAAAACUUAUCAUGCCAUCGAUGAGGAGGCAGUGAGUCUCAAGGACUUGGCAGAAUUGAUUGGCCGCAAGCUUGAUAUUCCGGUGAAGGGCGUUUCGUUCGAGGAAGCGCAGAAGGAGCUCGGAUUCUUGGGAGGUAUCAUCGCGGCCAAUACCGUCGUGUCGUCAGAGAAGACGCGUGAGGAGCUUGGAUGGUCGCCCAAAGAGAUCGGAUAUCUCGAAGACGUGGAGAAACACUACUUCGGAGAGACUUUGGCACCGCAUGCUUCAGAGGGGACCAUGGGUGGCGCGAGUGAGGCAUGGAAGGCGAACUAG